GGCGAUCCUCCUCGGAGGCCGCCGCUGCUGCGCGCGUCUUCCUGGAAGAGGCUCCCGGUGGUGGCACGCGCGCUCCCAGACGGCGAAGGUGGCGCCCGCGAUAAGGCGGCCCCUAUCGGGACCUCGCAGGCAGCAACAGACGCCGACGGCGAGGAGGAGCUGCCGGGGAGACGAGCAGCGGGCACAUCCCUAACGCCGAGAGGGAGAGAAGGAGCGCGGGCGGCGUAAAGGCACCGGCGCCCGCGAAGUCGCGCUGGACGCGCACCGGAGGCUCGAAAGCUCGGCUGGACGGGCGGACGCCGCGGCAGAAGCCCACCCGCCGAUCAGGUGCGAUUCCUGGAGGAGAUGUAGCAAAGAGGCAACAGACCCGCUAAACAGGAACCAUGUCGGUGAAGCUCACAUUUGACUCUCCUGCUGAUGGGGGAAGGAUCAGCAGGAGCUGCUCCUUUGCUGGGUUCAGCAAUGCGCAGAGCCGAAAAUUAGUGAAGUCCCUCAGCAAAGGUUCCACGAGGUCUAAAAUGUCAGUGAAAUCUGCCAAGACCUAUCCCUCUCUGCAGAAAGGGAUGGUCAUCUGGGAUCCCAAGCCACAACAAGUGAAGAAAGUUUUUGAAGCUUUGAAGAAAGGACUCCACGAAUAUCUGGAAAUGCAUCAGGCCGAGCUGGAUUACCUCUCCGAAUGCCACAAAGAUACAAGAAGAAACUCCAGGCUGGCUUUCUACUAUGAUUUGGAUAAGCAAAUCCGCUCUGUCGAACGGUAUAUCAGGAAACUGGAAUUCCAUAUAAGCAAGGUAGAUGAAUUGUAUGAAGCUUACAGCAUCCAGUGCCGGCUGCGAGAUGGUGCUUCAAAUAUGAAACAUGCCUUUUCCUUGUCCCCGUCCACAAAAGCAUCAAGAGAGAGCCUGGUGGAACUUUAUAAAAACCUUCAAGAAUGCACAGAGGAUAUGUGUCUGAUAGAGGGUACCCUCGAAGUGCAUUUGGGAGAGUUUCAUCUGAAGAUGAAAGGGUUAGUGGGAUAUGCACGCCUCUGCCCAGGGGACCAGUAUGAGGUGUUUGUACGGCUGGGGCGCCAAAAGUGGAAACUGAAAGGCCGGAUUCUAACCGACGACAGUCAAACUUGGGAUGAGGAGGAAAAAGUUUUCAUACCCAACCUCCAUGAGAAGUUUGAAAUCAAGGUCACAGAGCUGCGGGGACUUAGCACCCUGUUGGUUGGCAUGGUGACAUGUGACGGCUUGGACUUCUUCACAACCCGGCCUCAAGCCAUCAUUGUGGAUAUAACUGAAUUGGGUACCAUCAAACUGCAACUGGAGGUCCUCUGGAACCCUUUUGACACUGAAAGCCUUGUCUUGUCUCCUGGAUCUGCCUCCAAGUUUUCUGUGGGGAGCAGGAAAAACUCCAUAUACAGCUGGACCCCACCAAACACCCCCAGCUUCCGAGAGAAAUAUUACCUUUCUGUUUUGCAGCAAGGGAAAAAACAAGCAGAUAUCGGGGACAAGGCCCAAGAUCCCUGCAUCCUGAGCUACUUGGCCGACUGCGAUUUCGACAUGAGUCUGAGGAGCACCAGCCACAGCCUCACGGAGACGACGGAAGGCAGCUCGUUCAGCUCAGAGGACCUGAAAGGGGCAGAAAGCAGGAAUGUGACGCCACCUUCGAAUCAGAGGGCACUGCCCAUGCCACUGACUAUCCUACAAGAUGCUUGUGUGGCAGGAGAGCAGCAGGACCUUCUACUGUGCCAAACUCCCAGCCGCAGGACUCUAGACAUCCUACAAGAGACGACCCAUGCUGACCCAGCUCUCGCCAUACCACCGCGCCCGCUGGAUCAGGAGAGAGGGGGGAGCAAGUCCACUGUCUGGGACAGGAGUCACCAUUUAGUACAGCAAAGGAAGCUCCUCUCUGCUGGUCGAAGAGGAUCGAGAGGCAAUUCUGAUGCCAGAGGUGGUAGAAGGACUAAGUCGAUUGACAAGAUGCUUCAGGAAGUGUUGCUUUUGUUGAAAUCCCAGCAUCCGAGCCCUGCCCAACUGGAAGCAUUGGAGUACCAACUUUUCUGCAUCCGGGGCAAAUUAAAGCCCAAAAGGUACCAACUGAAACACUCCUCCGUGGAGAGCUUGAUGGUUGAGACAGUGCUGGAAAGCUUUGACUUCCUCAACGCUGAUGGCAGUGCAGAUGAACUGUCAUCCCUCGGGAGUGUAAGGACCCGCAGUACCAGUACCAGCAGCUACAACAAAGCGACACUUCCAUCCCUGGGCUAUGAUACCAAAACAGAAAAGAAGGAGUUAACCACAGGCAGUGAUGACCUAGAUACACUUCUGGAAGUUCAUCUGCAGUUCUGCAGAGCUCUCCUGCAGAAACUUGUCCUGCCAGACUUAGCUCCAAUUGUCCAGCAGAGCCUUUUAGAACAGGUGUCACAACAGAAACACGUUCUGGAGAUAAUCUCUGCUCUGGCUGCUCCUGUACCACGGAACCUGACUUCUGUGGAAGAGAUCAUUCAAAAAGCUAAAAAGCAGAAGCGCUGCCUGAAGAUUUGGAGUGAGUGCACUGAGCGAGGAAGCAUUUUAUUCUGUCCGGUGGAGAGAUUUUGGAACCCUUUGAAAUACAUACUGAUGUUUAAAACGAAAGAGAACUAUCAAGGACACAUAGAAAAAGUUUUGCAGGUGUUUCUGGAGCAGAUAGUUGGAAGUAGCCUGCUCUUUCCCUCGAGGGAUCUCCCAGCUGAAUCAGUGACAUUAUUCCAGUUUUACAGCUACCUGGAGAAGCACCACGUGAACAAUUUGGAAAAACACCUGGCCAGAUUUGCUAAAGAAGUGAUGCUGACUGAGGACCUGCAGCGUCCUGGGAGAAUGAAGAAAAUAAAGAAACUGAAAGGGAAGCGACUCAGCCGAUUGCAGCCCCUUCCACAGACCUUACAGCUCCUUGCCGUUCUGCAGCUUGAUGAAAACCUUCGUGUGGGCAAGGCAGCCAUGUCGUGUCUCUCUCGAGCGGCAGCUGACAGGAAUUUCAGGGAAAAGGCUCUGCUUUUUUACACAGAUGCCUUAAGUAACGACGAUGCGAAAUUACAGCAAGCUGCAUGUCUGGCCCUCAAAAACCUCAGAGGUGUGGAAAGCAUAGAGCAAAUUGCCAGACUGUGUCUAUCAGAAUCAGAGGAAGUGCGGAACGCUGCCAGAGAAACAACUCUUUCAUUUGGUGACAAAGGAAGGCUGGCUUUUGAGAAAAUGGACAAGAUCUGUUGUGAGCUGAGGGACACCAUGUACCAAGAAGCUGAAAUAGAAAUCACAGUAUUUUAAGCAGUGCCUUCGAGGGGGAGGCCAGAUAAUCUUGCACCAUCUGCAAUUUGGCUACAAGAGUGCAGAGGGGAAAGCACACAAAUGUUAAAUCUGUCUCGGCUGGAUUUAAAAACAAAUUAUCUUGAGAACGAGCAGCGUUUCUGCACGGUGCAAAAUCUCUUUGGGUGACUGAUCUCAUAACCAGAAAGGUACUGUGUAAAACAUUAAAUAUCAGCAUCCCCCUGUCUUCGGUAUCACAGGAAACAUUCAUCUUGAACUAAGGCGGCAUCCGAAAAUCUUGCACUGAAGUUCUCCAUUUGCAGUUCUCAAGGGAGGAAAGGAGACAGAAGGAGCUUCUUUUUUGACUGUGAGAUGUUUUCUUAGGAAUAACCAAGGUGUUUCAAGCAGGAGAGAAAAAGAAAACCGCGAGGAUGGACCACACGGGGAUUGUAGUGAGUGGCAUUAGUGAAGAUGCGGCCCUCUAAAACUUCAGUCCAACCGGCACCCUUUUUUUUAGGCCAUAGGAAAAUAACUUGUAUAUUUAUUUGCUUAAUAUUGUGGACAAGGACUUCCACACAAUCUCUAAAGUAAUUAGCGACAGUAAAUUAACCUGAAAUCUUCUUUCAAGGGCACCUUGUUCUGGAAGCGGAUGUGUUGGGGUCUUAAGACUGAAAAACAUGGGGUCUGUGACCCUAGAGCAUUGCAGAGUUGGAAGGGGACCAAGGGUCAUCUAGUCCAACCCCCUGCAAUGCAAGAAUUAACAGCUAAAGAACCCUCACCUCUUGUUGGUCGCUUCCCACCAUUAAGCCCCUAAACCAUUAUUCUUGUAGACCAGGCACCCCCAAACUUCGGCCCUCCAGAUGUUUUGGACUACAAUUCCCAUAAUUCCUGACCACUGGUCCUCUCAGCUAGGGAUCAUGGGAGUUGUAGGCCAAAACAUCUGGAGGGCCGCAGUUUGGGGAUGCCUGGUGUAGACACACCAGAAUCUAGUGCCAGGAAAAACUGAGAAGCCGGCUUUUCCCACGAAUGCUUAAUUCUGGGUUUAUAAUCUUAACUGAGCUGUUUUUAAGUUGACCGCAAUACUAAGCACAUUUACAUUGAUAUUUUACGGAACUUGGUGAGAGGCACAUUUGAGUAAGCAGGUGCUGAUGAGCAAUGCCUACCAUCUUUUUCCCCCACCGAUGGUGUUGGCAGGAGCUGAACGCAAUUGGGUGUGUGUGCUUUGCCUAUUGCUGAUAACAGAAAUGCUUCCAUCCCUGAGUGUGUAUGCAGCUGCCCCAUCACUGGAUCCCUACCCCCUUGCUUUAAUGUACAUAUUUUAUACAGAACUUUGUGCUUUUUUAUUAUGAAAACAAACAAACACUUUUCAGUAUUUAUUGCUGGGGUUAGUUUACAUAUUGUUCUUUUUUAAAGUUUAAUAAAACGUUUGAAAAGUCUAUUGCAUUCUUCUUCCAGUUGUAAUUUAAAAUGCAAUGCAAAACAGAGAGUCCAGCGUCAGAAGAGAGAUGCUUUGGAGGAACGAAAGUAUUCAGCAAUUUGACAGGGAAAAUAUCAGACAGGUGCUGGUCCUGGUUCUCUUGCUAAUGCACGGUUGCCGUGAAUCAAGUUAGGUGAAGCUGAUGUUUUUAAUGUUGUCCUUUCAGGGUAGGGAAGCACACAAAGGAGAUGGCUUCAGCAGCAAUAUUAAGUUUAGAAGUUCAGGACUAGAAAGAUGCCUUUGAAGCCAUGACCUUAAUAAAUGAUAGCUAGAGGAAGUGGAAGACACUCCAAGAGACAUGCUUCUUUACAAAAGAAUUUUAUUGUUGCAGCUAAAAUGAGAACUGAAAAUCUUUAUGGGAAAUUGAAAAACUGUACAGUUUUUUACUGAAACUGUGAGGUCAUUGCAGCGCCUUACACAAAAGACAAUAUACCUGAAAACGUAUUAUACCAAAACAUUUAGCGCUUGUUCGUGUAUUUUUUUAAAAGAUUUUAAUUUUUCUUAAAAAAAACUUUUCUAUGGCAAUCUGUAAAAAAGAAAG